AUGGGCAGGAGGGUGAACUUGGGAACAAGACAGGUUCAAAAAACAAAAUGGAAGAAAUUGGCUUGGGAGAAUAUCGGGGUAACACAAGAAGAGGUGGUGGAUUUUUGGAAACGAAAAGCUGGAGCUGGAGAUGGAUAUCACAAGGUGGAAAUGAGAUCUAUACAAAGGCAGUUUUGCAAUCAAUGUCCUCAUAUGCAAUGUCAUGCUUUCUUCUCUCAAAAAGGCUGUGCCAUGUGUAGCUAUUGGUGGAAACAAAGUGGUGCUAGUAGGGGUAUACACUGGAUAAGUUGGAAACAAAUGUGUAAAGGGAAACGGUAUGGAGGUAUGGGCUUCAGAGUUAUGGAACUGUUUAAUAAAGCUCUAAUAGCCAAACAGGGAUGGAGACUCACGCUGAACACAUCCUCCUUAGUCUAUAAAGUUCUGAAGGCCAAAUACUUCUCGAACAGCACGUUCCUUAUUGCAUCAAAACUGGGUUCCCAGCCGUCGUACUCGUGGCGUUGCAUUUAUUCAAGGAAAAAGGUGCUGAAAGAGGGAUUGAGAUGGAGAGUUACCAAUGGUCAACAUAUAAGGGUGUGGAAAAAUAAGUGGAUACCAACGUCAGAAAGAUUCAUACCAGCUCCAAAGGGUACAUCACUGACCCUGACCUUAAGAUGGCUGCAUGUGGAAAGUGACCAAGAUGACAGACUGCAUGGAAGCAUGUCCACUGGCAUAGCAUGGAACAGAUUAUGGAAGGCGAAUAUUCCCAACAAAGUCAAAGUGUUUGGUUGGAGGCUUUGUCAUGAUAUUCUCUCGGUGUAUAAGAAUCUGAACAAAAGGAAAAUGGUGAAACAAGCUACUUCUCCACGCUGCAAGCAAGAAGACGAAUCCUCCUUGCAUGCAAUAAAGGAUUGCAUAUUUCCAGCAGAAGUACGGAAAAGUGCAAAGCAAAAGAAAGACUGA